GGUUACCAUAUAGCCUAUAGGAUUAGUUGGAUCUCAUCAUUCCUAUCAGAUAGAAAGAUUCAACUAACAUUUGAUAAUGAGACUAGUCAGGAGGUCCCUAUUCAAAUAGGCAUACCCCAAGGUUCUCCUAUCUCUCCUAUCCUAUUUCUCAUUUAUAUUCGAUACCUAUUUGAAUUCGAUGAGGAAUUAGAUGAGGAAGAAAAGGCUCAGCUUAGUCAAGUCAGAUAUCUAAGCUAUAUUGAUGAUAUAGCCCUAGUGGCAAGCUCUAAGAGCCUAGAAGCUAACUGUAGGCUUCUAGAAAAAGCAGCUUCUAAGCUAUUCCAAAAAGGAUUAGAUAGCCUUAUCCAGUUUGACCAGGAGAAGAUAGAGCUUAUCCACUUUCAUGCUAGGAGAUCCCUAAAUCUAGACCAAUAUCAAAUCAGGCUAGGUGACUACCUAAUUAAACCCCAAAAGC